UUAAUUGUACGACGAAAUAGGUCGAACGAGUAGCCGACAUCUCGGCAGCGCCUUUUCACGUUAUCCAACAAUUUGUACAAGUUGAAAUUUUUCUCUUAAAAUAAGAAAAUGUCUCUUUUAGGCGCUCGUGUAGCAAGCACCGUGGCUAGGCGCUUGCCUAACAAUGUAUCACAGCUUUCCGGAGCUGUCUUCCCAGCUGUAUCUGUAGCUAGCCGCAAAAUCCAUGUUGGAACCACAAACAAAACCAUGGUCGUGUCUUCCAUAUUGGAAGAACGUUUAAUGGGCGCUGCACCUAAAACAGACUUAGACGAAACUGGCAAAGUAUUGAGUGUUGGGGAUGGUAUUGCUCGUGUACAUGGUUUGAGAAAUAUCCAGGCCGAUGAGAUGGUGGAAUUCUCUUCUGGUCUCAAGGGUAUGGCCCUCAACUUGGAAUCCGACAAUGUUGGUGUUGUAGUAUUUGGUAAUGACAAACUUAUCAAACAAGGUGAUAUCGUAAAACGUACAGGAGCUAUCGUCGACGUUCCUGUUGGAGAUGAACUUUUAGGACGUGUAGUAGAUGCUUUAGGAAACCCCAUUGAUGGCAAAGGCCCACUGAAUACCAAGCAACGUUUCCGUGUUGGUAUCAAAGCCCCUGGCAUCAUUCCCCGUAUCUCUGUAAGAGAACCUAUGCAGACAGGUAUCAAGGCUGUGGACUCUCUUGUACCCAUUGGUCGUGGACAGCGUGAAUUGAUCAUUGGAGAUCGUCAAACUGGUAAAACUGCCCUUGCCAUCGACACCAUCAUCAAUCAGAAGAGGUUCAACAGCGCAACCGACGAGAAGAAGAAGCUGUACUGUAUCUACGUCGCUAUCGGUCAGAAGAGAUCUACCGUAGCCCAGAUCUUGAAGAGGUUGACUGACAGCGGAGCCAUCGGUUACACCAUCAUCGUUUCCGCUACAGCUUCCGAUGCUGCACCUCUGCAAUACUUGGCCCCAUAUUCCGGUUGCGCUAUGGGUGAAUUCUUCCGUGACAAUGGAAAACACGCCUUGAUCAUCUACGACGACUUGUCCAAACAGGCUGUGGCUUAUCGUCAGAUGUCACUGCUGCUCCGUCGUCCACCAGGUCGUGAGGCCUACCCAGGUGACGUGUUCUAUCUUCACUCGCGUCUACUUGAGCGUGCCGCCAAGAUGUCCGACGCCCACGGAGGUGGUUCCUUGACCGCUCUUCCCAUCAUUGAGACCCAGGCCGGUGACGUAUCCGCUUACAUUCCAACCAACGUGAUCUCCAUCACUGACGGACAGAUCUUCUUGGAAACCGAGCUGUUCUACAAGGGUAUCCGUCCAGCCAUCAACGUAGGUCUGUCUGUGUCCCGUGUAGGAUCUGCUGCCCAGACCAAGGCCAUGAAGCAAGUGGCUGGUUCCAUGAAGCUUGAAUUGGCCCAGUACCGUGAAGUAGCUGCUUUCGCCCAAUUCGGUUCCGACUUGGACGCUUCCACCCAACAGUUGUUGAACAGAGGUGUCCGUCUUACUGAAUUGUUGAAACAAGGUCAAUAUGUGCCAAUGGCCAUUGAAGAACAAGUAGCCAUCAUCUACUGUGGUGUAAGAGGACAUCUUGACAAGGUUGACCCAACCAAGAUCACACAGUUCGAGAAGGAAUUCUCUCAACACAUCAAGACUAACCACAAGGACGUUUUGGAAAACAUUGCUAAGGAAAACAAAAUCACGGACGCUACAGAUGCAAAAUUGAAGCAAAUUGUAUCUGAGUUUGUUUCGAACUUUAGCUCAUAAGGCAUUUAAAGUUUAAGUCCCAAUUGUAUAAGUCGUUAAUUACAAUAACUAAUUGAAAUAAUCUCCAAAAUUCAAUUCAAACAACGUCAGAUAAUUAAAAGCAUUUUUCUGUGGAAUUGCUGUUAUUAUUUUGUGUACUAGAUAUCGUACAAUGUACAUUGUUUUUACUCUUCAUCAAGUAUUGUAAAAUAAAACAAGUUGAAAGUGA